AAAAGUUCUCAGAAUCGAAAUCAGUUGAGUUGAGUUGAGUUUGGGGCGUUCGUCUUGUGAAAGGCUGGCUUCUGUUUACCAGAAGAAGAAGAAGAAGAAGAAGAGGCAGAAAAAAGAAGAUAAAUAAGGGUCUUCACUGAUCGAUACAUAGUGAUAAAAAUAUAAUAUAGCUACUUAUAGUUUAGUUCCAAUUGCAUUCUGUGUCUCGUCGGCUGAGCUUUUGAAGUCGUUUUCAUGCCCGGCUAAACCCAUCCAUCUUCUACUUUCUUUUCAAUCCCUUUGCUUCCCCAGUCCACUUUUAUGUCUUUGCUUCUACACUUUCGCACCUCAGCAUGGCAUGGCAUGGCAUGGCAUGGCAUGGCAUGGCUAGGGUGGUGUGAUUGCUAAAAGGAUAUGGCAGACAAAGAUGAGGACUUGCCAAGGGAUGCUAGAAUCGUGAAAUCCCUUCUAAAGUCUAUGGGAGUUGAGGAAUAUGAGCCCCGUGUCAUACACCAAUUCUUAGAGCUAUGGUACCGUUAUGUUGUUGAUGUACUAACAGACGCACAGGUCUACUCAGAGCAUGCUGGCAAGGGUGUCAUUGAUUGUGAUGAUGUUAAACUCGCCAUCCAGUCAAAAGUUAAUUUCAGCUUCUCCCAGCCUCCUCCCAGAGAGGUAUUACUGGAACUGGCAAGGAACAGGAACAAGAUUCCAUUACCAAAGUCUAUUUCAGAGCAUGGUAUUCCCCUCCCGCCUGAACAAGACACAUUGAUCAGCCCAAACUAUCAGCUUGCAAUACCCAAGGGGCAAUCUAGUCAGGCUGUAGAAGAAACAGAGGAGGAUGAAAGAAGUGAUCCGAAUCCGUCUCAAGAGCAGGCAACAGAAUUGCCGCAGCAACAGCAUACUCCUCAGAGGGUUUUGUUCCCUCUUUCAAAGCAUCCCAAGUGACCAUUCUUUAAGGCAGAGUGAGUUACUAUGCGAGUAGAAGAAAUGACAUAAGCAUGCGUAUUAAGCUUUUUACUUUACCAGGGAAAAAAAAAAUGUAUCAAUUUAGUCAACAUUAUGUUCCUAUACUACUAGAUCUUUGUUGUUGUAAUUCGCGGAGCAAUGCCAUUCCUCAUUUCAUCCAAAUCAGUCGAUGUUGCUGCUGUUAAAGAGUGUUUUGUUGUGUUUACUUCUUGUUUAUUCAUGUCAUGGGUUAAUCUA